AUAUAUGCACGCAAUAGACGCCAAGGGGGAAGGCAGGGAGAGAGAAAGAGAGGCCCUGAACCGGAAGCAAGGAAGAGGCGAGCGACGAGGAGGAGGAGGAGGAGGUUGUUGGUAGGCUGUUGAGAGGAAGCUUCUAGAAGCCGCCAUGGGGGACUCAAGCGGGUCGGUGUCCAUCGACGUGGAGCGGAUCUACUUCGGCGGCAAGGAGCAUCCUGUGAGAACAAGAUACGGCUUUGUAUCUGUUUCUGUAUACGGCGAUGAAGACAAGCCAGCGCUCAUAACGUACCCCGAUGUAGCUCUAAAUUACAUGUCCUGCUUCCAAGGAUUGUUCUUCUGCCCAGAGGCUUCGUCCCUGUUGCUUCACAAUUUUUGUAUUUACCAUAUUACUCCUCAAGGCCAUGAGUUGGGAGCGGCUCCAAUUCCAUCGGAUGUACCUGAGCUAUCUGUUGAUAACCUCGCGGAUCAGGUCGCGGAUGUUCUUGAUUUCUUCGGUUUGGGGUCUGUGAUGUGCAUGGGUGUCACCGCCGGUGCCUACGUGCUUACCCUCUUUGCGGCAAAGUACAGGGAAAGGGUUCUUGGCCUGAUGUUGGUUUCACCUCUAUGCAAAGCCCCAUCUUGGAGUGAGUGGUUGUAUAACAAGGUAUUGUUAAACUUACUUUAUUAUUGUGGCACUAGUGGACUAGUGAACGAAUGCUUCCUUCAGCGGUAUUUUAGCACGGAAGUUCGUGGAAGUGGACAAGAACCUGAAUCGGAAAUUGUCCAAGCUUGUAGAAGUUUACUUGAUCAGAGGCAGGGUGUUAAUGUAUGUCGAUUCCUUAAAGCAAUCAACGAGAGACAUGACUUAACUGAAGCACUGAAGAAGCUCCGGUGCCGGACGCUGAUUUUUGUGGGCGAGAACUCACAGUUCCAUGCGGACGCUGUCCACAUGACCACAAAACUAGAUCGGAGAUAUUGCGCUCUAGUCGAGGUUCAGGCAUGCGGGUCGCUCAUCACCGAGGAGCAGCCACAUGCAAUGCUGAUCCCGAUGGAGUACUUCUUGAUGGGAUACGGGAUGUACAGACCGUCCCAGCUCGAGAGCAGCCCCCGAAGCACCCUGAACCCGUUCUGCAUAUCGCCAGAGCUGCUGUCGCCCGAGAGCAUGGGGGUGAAGCUGAAGCCCAUCAAGACCCGGGCCUCCCUCAUUGUCUAAAGAGUGCUGCUACACAGACGACGCUGCAUAGCCGAUUUUGGGACGACACUAUCAAUCAAACCAUCCAUGCAGAGGAUAAACUGUAGCACAACCAUUGGAUGUAGUGUCGUCUCCAAAUCGGCCAGCGUGUGUCGUUUGCUAAGUAGUUUCGUUGUCUAAACAACAUGUGGGGGGAGAUCUUGGAUGGCCUGACGACACAGCUCGCAAAAAAGCGAAGACUGCUUGGUUGAGCUGAUCGGAGCACGGUCACCAUCGCGAGACAAGUUUUGAUACCUUCCGGUACCUUGGCACGCACGCAUUGCAUAGAUCAAGAUCGAUACGCUAAUGGCAGCAUUUGCUGUAGUGGAUUGCUGUAAGCCUGUAAUCUACGUCUUCUGGGAUAGGCAAGCAAGGGGGAAUAGGGUGAGGUUGUAGGGGAGGAAUACGGCUGUUUGUUUCUUUGUUGAUAUGCUUUGUAGUAGUCCACAUCACAUGUGUAUAUGUCAUCAUCAGAUCAUUUCACACAGGAAAGCAAUAUAUAUAUAUGGUAAAGCAGAA